AUGGAUUAUAACUUCUCCAUAUAUGCAACAUCUUUGACUUUGGAAUCACUGGACCUGCUUCCAUGUUAUGUUUUGCCAGCAUUCAUAUUUGGAAUCCUUACAUAUGGUGUAAUUUUGCUCUUUAAUUUCAUCAUCCUGCUGACAAUUGCUUUGAAUCGCAAACUUCACAAGCCCAUGUAUAUUCUGUUAUUUAACUUGCCUGUAAAUGACUUGAUAGGCGCGACAGCCUUUUUUCCUCAGCUGGUGUCUAGUAUACUUUUGCAGACUAGAACAAUAACCUACUCUGCAUGUUUCAUACAAGCUUUACUGGUACAUCUAUAUGGGGUUGGGUCAUUAGUCAUUCUCAGUGCAAUGGCUUAUGACAGGUAUGUUGCCAUAUGUUUCCCACUGAAAUAUAACUCUCUGAUGUCCUCAAGUAACUUGCUGAAAAUAAUUAUCAUUAUGUGGAUGAUAGAUUGUAUUCUCAUUGGUUUUCUACUUGCUCUUAACUAUCGCAAAGAGAUUUGUAGCACAAAAAUAGUAGAUAUUUUCUGCAAUAAUCCAUCUUUAAUGAAACUCGUAUGUGGGGACAUAAAUUCAAAUAACUACUUUGGUCUUUUUGUUAUGGUUUUUUCUCAAGGUCUGUCACUGAUGAUAGUAUUAUUUACAUACAUUCAAAUCUUAUUUACUUGCAUUUCUCGAAGGCAGUCAGAUGCUAAAAGAAAAGCAAUUCAGACGUGUGGUACACACCUAAUAGUUUUCUUAUGUUUUGAGUUUUAUGCACUCUUUGCUCUCAUCGCUCACAGAUUUGAGAAUUCAGCUCCAAACUUACGAAAGGCCUUUGGAGUGUCAAUAAUGAUAUUUCCUCCUAUUCUUAAUCCUCUCAUAUAUGGACUGAAAACUAAGGAAAUUCGACAGAACAUUUUUUACUUUUUCCACAAGAAAAUUAAACCUAAGUGGGUAAAAAAAAUAGAUUUUUCUAUGUGA